CCUCAUUGUCUUCUUACGCCAAGUAUACUUACUCUCCUUCCCCCGCAAACAAAGAAAGUUGCUGAAAUAUAAUCGCUUAUCUCUCUCUCUCUCUCUCUCUAAAAUUGAAGAAUGGCUGCUUCUCCUCAAAACGAGCAACAGCCUUCGGGUUCUUCCAAAACGUUGCAGCUGUAUUCUUACUGGCGAAGCACCUGUUCAUUCCGUGUGCGCAUCGGAUUGAAUCUUAAAGGCAUAGCAUAUGAGUACAAACCCAUCAAUUUGCUGAAAGGGGAGCAAUUCUGUCCAGAGUAUGAAAAGGUGAACCCAAUAAAAUACGUUCCUUCCCUCGUGGAUGGCGACUUAGUUCUAUCUGACUCAUUUGCCAUCCUUUUGUAUUUGGAUGAGAAAUAUCCCCAACGUCCCUUGCUUCCUGCUGAUCUUCGGUUGAAAUCACUCCAUAUACAGGUUGCAAGUAUUGUUAGCUCAAGUAUACAGCCCCUUCAUAACCUUUAUGUUACUAGAUUCAUUGAAGAGAAAGUCAGUACUGAAGAGAUGUUCUCAUGGGUUCAAUAUCACAUAGGAAAAGGUUUUAGAGCGAUUGAGAAACUGUUAAAUGGUGUUAGUGGCAAAUAUGCGACUGGAGAUGACGUUUACCUGGCGGACCUUUUCUUGGCUCCAGAGAUUGGUGCAGCAAUAACGCGGUUUAAAGUUGACAUGUCGCAGUUCCCUCUUCUAACCAGGUUUUAUGAAGCAUAUAAAGAGCAUCCUGACUUCCAAGCUGCUGAACCUGCAAUGCAGCCAGAUUGUGUGAAACCCUAGGUGGUUUUACUGCCUCCAGCCAUGUUGGUUUUAGCCGAAACUUCAAGGGACAAAAAAUUUCAUGAAUCCUUGAGUUGAUUGCAGUUCGUAUGUAAAAAUAAAUAUGAAAUACAAAAAGAGGAUACCAAAGAAGGAAUGGCACUUUGUAUCUAUUUACUUCGAAGUGGGAUGUGAAUGGUACUUGAAGUAGCAUAUCAUGAAAUUUCAUUCUGGUGUGUUAUGCUUCCA